AUGGCAUUGUCAACUCAUCUCCUAUUACACAUCAAACCUCCUCCAGUUCCUUCCCUAUUAAAAUCCCACCGCUCCUCCUCCUCCAUUCUCCCCAGAAAUUUCCUAAUUCCAAGCCCUUGCCACAGGAAACCCAUCAUGGAGAUCAUGAUGAAGCCUCAAGCAGCCAGUGUGCAGAGUGCAGUAUCAGAGGUAAUGAACCUGAUCCAAUCAUCACCUCCCACGUGGCAGUCCGCCAUCCUAAGCAACCUCUUGAUCUUUCUAUUGGGUUCUCCGAUUUUGGUCUCUGGGCUAUCUGUCUCUGGCAUUGCAGCUGCUUUCUUGCUUGGUACUCUCACUUGGCGCGCUUUUGGGUCUUCUGGGUUUCUCUUGGUGGCCACAUACUUCGUCAUUGGCACGGCAGUCACAAAGGUGAGAAUGGCACAAAAGGAGGCUGAGGGUGUAGCUGAGAAGAGGAAAGGACGGAGAGGCCCAGGAAGUGUUAUUGGAUCCAGUGCUGCUGGUUGUAUUUGUGCUUUUCUUGCAAUAUUUGGAGCAGGAGGAAUUGGAUAUUCUCGGCUUUGGCAACUUGGGUUUGUUGCCAGCUUCUGUACUAAGUUGAGUGAUACUGUCUCAAGUGAGAUAGGAAAGGCAUAUGGCAAAACAACGUACUUAGUUACAACAUUGAAGGUAGUUCCAAGGGGAACAGAGGGGGCUGUAAGUGUCGAGGGAACCUUUGCCGGACUUUUGGCCGCUAUACUUCUUGCAUUUGUGGGUUGUCUCAUGGGUGAGAUAACUGCCCCUGAAGCAAUUAUAUGCGUAAUAGCUUCCCAAAUAGCUAAUUUUGGUGAGAGCAUUAUAGGUGCUGCUCUUCAAGACAAGGAAGGAUUUCGAUGGCUCUAUGUGCUUCUUACACGCCGUCUAUGCUCUGUUUUACAGCUCAACAAUGAUGCUGUGAACGUCAUAAACAUAUCCAUGGGCAGCAUUUUAGCAGUCUUCAUGCAGCAGGCUUUACUCCAGAACUUGCGUAUGUAA